UCGCGCUCUGCUUGCUAAUAAACUGCGCUCGUGCAAUCGUGUUCACGCUGCACUCUAAACCGACAGGCUACGGAAUGGCGAACAGAUCUCUGUCCCGUUUAGCACAGUGGUGUUCCCGAGUAUUUAUGGUGGAAAUCAACCAGAAGACGGAACCGAUUUAUUUCGCUUUGAGCUCAAAACCCAGCGCUCACAAUAUCGAGCUGGAAGCGCUGUUCGGGAGCGGGAAACUGUUUUCUGUGUACGCGCUUUGCGAUGACAGAGUUCAGAGCGCGCGCGCUCACGCGGAACUUAAAAACGCUCUGGCUGAAAACCUUCCUCCAGGAUGCGCCCUUUUAGACUCGGCUUCUUUCCUUCCCGACAUCAAAAGCUCGCUCAUAAAGGGAUUCUUCCUGCAGGAUAACUCCGCACUGUCCUCUGCAGAGCGAGCUGUGACCCAGCUCCAGGAGAAAGGUCCGGUACGCCUCUGUGUGUUGACGUACACACGCGAGGAAAACGGAGAGUAUCUGUGCUCAACUGUGGCCGAGGAGCCUGCGGAGCGCGAGCGGAAGUAUUACGUCACACCAGCUCCCGCGCCACAGCGUCAUCCUUCAACAUUGAACAUUAUAAACUCAGACGUGUUCUAUCAAAUGGAAGAUGCUUACAAAGUGCUUCAAGAGUGUUGUGACAUCAUACCAGAAUCCAAGGCCGUAUUGGAGCUGGUGAUGGAGCAACAGCUGGAGUUCAACAACAGUCAUGAUAAAAGGUUUCCAGUCAUUGUGAUAGAGGGACUGGAUGCUACAGGUAAAACUACUCUGACCUGCAGCCUGCAGAAGGCUUUGGGUGCAGUUCUGCUAAAAUCCCCCCCUCAGUGCCUGGCCUGCUUCAGACAACGCUUUGACGCGGAGCCACCACUCAUUCGCAGGGCCUUCUAUGCCCUUGGGAACUACAUCACUGCAGCACAGAUAGCCAGAGAGUCAUCUCAUGCUCCUGUAGUUGUAGACAGGUACUGGCACAGCACUGCAGCGUACGCGAUAGCCACUGCAGUGAGCGGGCGAGAGGAGAACCUCCCAGCUGUUGGCUCAGAGAUCUAUGAGUGGCCAUCUGACCUGCUGAGGCCCAGCCUGGUCCUGCUGCUCAGUGUCAGCCCUGAGGAGAGGCUGCGCAGGCUCACACACAGAGGCCUUGACAAGACCGAGGAGGAAAGCCAGCUGGAGAUCAAUCACCUGUUCCGUCGCAAAGUGGAUGAAGCCUACAAGAAAAUCCAGAACCCUGCCUGUAUCGUUGUGGAUGCCAGUCCCAGCCCAGAGCAGGUGCUCCAACAAGUGCUGUGUUUAAUUAAAAACAAAUACAACUUGCAGACCCCAGACCACCAAUGAGUUUCCCAGACGCUGCAAUACCACAUUUGUCCACUAGAUGGUAGUAUAAUCAUAACCUAUCCUUAGACAAAUAGUUCCUCCACCCCCACUAAAAAAGUCCCAGGUCUUAGACAGUGUUGGCCGCACAGGAGGUUCAUGGUUAAUGCCCAGCAGGCGUCAAAAUCCUGUAUCCUGACAUGUCACAACCUGUUCACUUCCCACAGAGUAACACUGAUGACACGAGAGAGAAAGUUAUUAUGAAUGCUGGGCAGAGAUGUCAACUCCCAUAUACAGGGUUAUAGCCUUGCAUGUUCCAUACGCUCUGUGUUAUGUUUUUCCCCUCACACUGGAGCUCAGGAACUGAACCGAAGGGCUCAGUGAAUUCAUCAAUCAUUUCAAUUAGAUUUCUGCACAAGGGCCCAUUGUUGGUCAGCUCUGCAUUCACUCCUCUGAGAGCUCAGAGAGCACGCCACAUUAAAAGCUAUCAGGGCCUUGUGGGCCAGGAAAUUCCACCAGUUGUAGGUGUUUCUGAGCAUUAAUAAAGAGCAAUCCUGUAGGAAAGUUAUUUUAUUUCCCCCUGCUGUUUAGUGUGGGACAUACUUUCCACUCAGAUUUUAAAAGCAAAAUGUGAUUCUGAGAUUACUGUCCAGUGGUGUUAUAUAAAACAAGUGCUUUCUAAAAUUGUUCAGAUUAAGUUAUAUCUUUACUGGUGGGCUGACAAUUGGAAGAUUCCUCCCCAUGUAAAUUAUUUAUACUUUAUCAUUUAACAGUGCACAUAACCGAUAUUAAAGCUAAAAAAAGACAAGAUUUUUACUGACAAUAUUUGUCAGUAAUAGCAUUUAUUUCUUCCUUUGUGUAUUUCCUCAUUUGUUUGUUUACAAUGCAGUUACAACACAAAAUAAUUGAUGCAAGUACAAUCUGAUAUCUGUAAAGAUUAUUCCAAGAACAUGCAAUGUAAUCUUUGAAGAUUUGUUCUUUUAACAAGUUUAACAUGAUGCACGUUUUUAUAGUGUAAGUGUACAAGACAUUGUAAUGGUAAAUUGUAGCUGACCAUACUAAGCUUCCCUCUAAUUAACCAAAAGUUUCCAUCUAGCAACCUAAAGGGUAUAUUUUACUUCAAGUACUUAAAGUUGUCAUUCUCGGGGAGCCAUGAUAUUUCUAGAAUUGGUAACCCUCCAAAGAACCAUUAAGGAACCCAGUGAGGAACCAAAUUUAAGAACCAUAUUCCUGGGAAGCUCUUGCAGAGUUUGAAGUAUUCUAAAGUUUCAAUGCCCCUGAUCCAACCAUGGGUUUUUAUAACAGAUCAGAUAUCACACUGAUUUUGAACAACUUUUAUUUUUCUAUAAUGUACUAUAUAUAUUCCAAGUGGAACACUCACAAUUAAAAAGCAAACAAAUUUUAAGUUAUAUAAUGCAGUGUUUUUGGAUGCAGUGUAAUGCAUUUAUGAAAUUAAAUUUAUGAAAUGUG